GGAGGGGGGCGAGGGGGAGAUUGAGGCGUGGACGGGGUUUGAGUUUCCGGGCAGGGAGGGGAGGUAUAGCGGGAUGAAGUGGAACAGCGAGCAUUUUACCGGGGUGGAUUACGAUUCUAAGACGGGCGACCAUGGGGUUUGGAAGUUGGAGGGGAAAGAAUGGGCUGAUGAUGUCGAUGAAGAGCUCGGGAACUACGACUUUCUUCUCUUUGCUGACAUCGACCACAAGCACCCCGAGGUCAAGGCGGAUCUGUUUCGAUGGGUUGAGUGGCUCCCCCAGCAGAUGGGAUUCGGGGGAUUGCGCGUCGAUGCCAUCAAGCACUACAGCUUCCGAUUCCUUAGGGACUUCGUGACCCACAUCAAGGAAAACGUGGACCCGGAUUGGUUCAUUGUGGGUGAGUACUGGCGUGAAGAUUCGGAAUUCCUCGCCAGAUUCAUCGAGUUCAUGGGCCACCAGAUAUCUUUAUUUGAUGUGCAACUGGUAUCAAACUUUAGCACGACUUCGGCCUUGGGGGAGAAAGGGGACCUGACCAAAGUGCUGGAUGAUUCCUUGACGUUGUGGAAGCCAGACCACGCCGUGACGUUUGUUGUGAAUCACGAUACGCAAGCAGGGCAAUCCCUAGAACUCCCGGUUGCACCCUUCUUCAUUCCUCUCGCCUACGCCCUCAUCCUCCUCCGAGCCAACUGUGGCCUUCCCUGCGUCUUCUACGCAGACCUGUUCGGUUCCGUCGGGCGGCACCCCGAACCAGGCCUCACCAACCUCAUCCCCCCAACUUCCGGAGGCCUCACCCUGCCCAAAAUGAUGAUGGCUCGCAAGCUCUGGGCGUAUGGUCCGCAAUAUGACUAUUUUGACGACCCGAACUGUGUGGGGUUCACGCGUCUGGGACAUCAUUCCAAGUCCGAUGGCGACGGCCUGGCUGUGGUCAUGACUAAUUCGUGGGAACACGCGACCAAGUCCAUGUUUGUGGGCCGGCACCAUGCAGGAGAGGUGUGGACGGACUUGCUCAAGUGGUGUCCAGGCCAGGUGGUUAUCAGCGGUGAUGGGUGGGGAGACUUCCCCGUCGGUCAUCGCAGUGUUGCCGUUUGGGUGGAUACUGAGGCCACUGGUAGGGAGGGAGUGGAUUCUCUCGUUUUGUGAGUGUGACCCCUGAGUAUCCUCAGACACGGCCCGGUACAUCUUUCCCGAUAAUCACCAUCUAACGGACAUAUGCAGUGACUUCGAUAUCUACGGCCGGGACCACAUCCAAGGUGCUACGCAAAAGGAAACUACACCAGACGAAACUUCGUAGGGAAGCACCUUAGAUGGCUUCGUUCGUUGUCGACGGACAGAUAAUUAUUGGUACGAAAAUAAAAGACGUACUCAUAAGACCUUCCCGCCUUUGUGAGGGUUUUACGUUGUAGAAUCAAGGGAACCUAGUGGGAAGAUCCGAUGUUAUGGCGGUAAACAAAUGUUCAUGUUGUGCCUAUUCGGGGUCCAUUUAGCUUUGAGUGUGCGCUUCUCGGACGGACAAACAAAUUGAUGAUGGCUUCUCUAUACGUCAUCGUCUGAUCGCGG